CUCCUCCCCUCGGCCGCUGACCGCUCUCUCGCGGCGGCCGGCGGGGCAUGCCAGCCGCGUCCCGCUGCAUGGCGCUGCUCCGGGCGCUGCUCGGGGCGCUGCUCCUCCCGAUGCCAGGAGUGUGGUGCUUUAGCGAACUGUUCUUUGUGAGAGAGCCUCAAGAUGUGACUGCCUCCAGGAAGGAUGCGGUGGUGUUAGACUGCCAGGCCCGUGGGGAAGCUCCUAUAACAAUUACGUGGCUGAAAAAUGGAGGCAAAGUGUCUGAAAACGAAAGGAUCUACACCUUAUCCAAUGGCUCUUUGUACAUCAGUGAGGUGGAAGGAAGGAAAGGAGAGCAGUCUGAUGAAGGAUUUUACCAGUGCUUGGCUCUGAACAAGUAUGGAGCCAUUCUCAGUCAAAAAAGUCACCUUACUCUAGCAACCAUUUCUGCUUUUGAAGUUCAGCCACUUUCAACUGAGGUUCAGGAAGGUGGAGUAGCUCGAUUUACCUGUAAAAUAGCAGCAAACCCUCCUGCUGUUGUGACGUGGGAAGUGAAUCGAACAACUUUGCCUUUAUCUGUGGACAGGAUAACUGCUCUACCUACAGGAGUUCUUCAGAUCUAUGGUGUUGAACAGAGGGAUGCAGGAAAUUAUCGAUGUGUUGCCACAACAAUAACCAGCAGACGUAAGAGCACUGAAGCAACACUGAAUGUUAUUCCAGCUUCAGACUUAAAGCCUUUUCACAAACCAGCUAUAAUAGCUGGUCCUCAAAACGUUACAGCAUCUCUUCAUCAAACUGUUGUACUGGAGUGUGUAGCCACAGGGAAUCCAAAGCCAAUCAUCUCAUGGAGCCGGUUAGACCAUAAGUCCAUUGAUGUCUUCAAUACCCGUGUCCUUGGAAAUGGGAACCUCAUAAUCUCUGAUGUGAAGGUGCAGCAUGCAGGCAUAUAUGUCUGUCGAGCCACUAUUCCAGGCACACGAAACUUCACAGUAGCAAUGGCAACUCUCACUGUGCUGGCUCCUCCUUCAUUUGUGGAAUGGCCGGAGAGUUUAACAAGGCCUAGAGCUGGUACUGCUCGCUUUGCCUGUCAGGCAGAAGGAAUUCCUGCCCCCAAAAUUUCAUGGCUGAAAAAUGGAAGGAGAAUACACUCCAAUGGUAGAAUUAAAAUGUACAACAGUAAAUUGGUGAUUAACCAGAUCAUUCCUGAAGAUGAUGCCAUUUAUCAGUGCAUGGCUGAGAACAGUCAGGGAUCUGUACUCUCCAGGGCCAGGCUUACUGUAGUUAUGUCGGAAGACAGACCCAGCGCACCUUACAACGUCCAUGCUGAAACGAUGUCAAGCUCAGCAAUCCUGCUAGCAUGGGAAAGGCCACUCUAUAAUUCAGACAAAGUGAUUGCAUAUUCUGUGCAUUACAUGAAAGCAGAAGGUUUAAAUAAUGAAGAGUACCAAGUUGUCAUUGGAAAUGAUACAACUCAUUACAUUAUUGAUGAUUUGGAACCAGCCAGCAACUAUACCUUCUAUAUUGUAGCUUACAUGCCUCUUGGAGCCAGUCAGAUGUCAGACCAUGUUACUCAGCACACCCUUGAAGAUGUUCCCUUGAGAGCUCCUGAAAUUAGUUUGACAAGCCGCAGUCCUACAGAUAUUCUUAUCUCCUGGUUGCCAAUUCCUGCAAAGUACAGGAGAGGCCAGGUGGUACUGUAUCGUCUGUCUUUCCGCCUCAGCACAGAUAGCAAAAUCCAAGUCUUGGAGCUUCCAGGGACUUCAGAUGAGUACCUCCUUGAAGGGCUGCGGCCUGACAGUGUCUACUUGGUUCGUAUUACUGCUGCAACAAGGAUUGGCUGGGGAGAGGCAUCUUUGUGGACCUCCCACCGAACUCCAAAAGCUACAAGUGUGAAAGCACCAAAGUCUCCUGAGCUGCGUUUGGAACCAAUAAAUUGUACAACCAUUGCAGUACAGUGGCAGCAGGACUCUGAUGACACUGCAGCUAUUCAAGGGUACAAGUUGUAUUACAAGGAAGAAGGCCAGCAGGAAAAUGGACCAAUUUUGUUGGAUGCCAGUGAUCUUGAGUAUACUGUCAGUGGUUUAGAUCCUAGAAGAAAGUAUCAUGUAAGGCUGCUGGCAUAUAACAAUAUGGAAGAAGGUUAUCAAGCAGACCAAACAGUCAGCACUCCAGGAUGUGUCUCUGUCCGUGAUCGCAUGGUGCCACCACCGCCACCCCCUCACCAUCUCUAUGCUAAAGCUAACACUUCAUCUUCUAUCUACCUUCACUGGGGAAAGCCUGCCUUUACAUCUGCACAGGUCAUUAAUUACACGAUCCGCUGCAACCCAGUAGGACUGCAGAAUGCAUCUCUGGUUCUGUACCUUCAAACGUCAGAGACUCACAUGUUAGUUCAAGGUCUUGAACCAAAAACCAUGUAUGAAUUUGCAGUUCGGUUGCAUGUGGACCAGCUCUCUAGUCCCUGGAGUCCAGUAGUCUAUCAUACUACCCUUCCAGAAGCACCAUCUGGCCCUCCAGUAGGAGUGAAGGUGACUUUGAUAGAAGAUGAUACAGCUUUGGUUUCCUGGAAGCCACCUGAUGGUCCUGAAACAGUUGUCACACGAUACACUAUUCUGUAUGCAUCCAGGAAGUCUUGGAUUGCUGGGGAAUGGCAAGUGUUGCACAGAGAAGGAGCAAUGACUAUGGCUUUGCUGGAAAAUCUUGUAGCAGGAAAUGUCUACUUGGUCAAAAUAGCAGCCUCCAAUGAAGUGGGAGAAGGACCCUUUUCAAAUGUAGUGGAACUUGCUGUCCUGCCAAAGGAGACAUCAGAGUCUAAUCAGAGACCUAAACGCUUGGAUUCGGGAGAUUCCACAGCUUAUUCUGACUAUUACCAUCUGGACCAAAAAUCAAUGACUGGCAUUGUUGUUGGGGUUUGCAUAGCCUUGACCUGCAUCCUUAUCUGCAUCUUGAUCUUGAUUUAUCGCAGUAAAGCCAGGAAAACAUCUGCUCCUAAACCUGUGCAGCAAAGCACUGACCGGCUGUCACAUACCAACAUCUCAUUAGCCAGUGCUAAUGAGGUGGAGAAGAACAUUGAAGGAAUCGCAGAGAAUGCAGAAUCCUUAUUGCCAAUGAUAGUGGGAAACAGCUUCAUUGAUGCUAAGGGGGGAUCCGAUCUUAUUAUUAACAGCUAUGGGCCUGUCACAAAGGCCAACUGCAAGAAGAGGUGGCUGUUCUUCCAGGAUACUAAGAAGAUGAAGACUGACGAGCCUCAGAGAAGAUUUGUCCAGGCAGUGUGUCUUUAUCAGCCAGGUACUACUGUGCUGAUCAGUGAGGAUGACUCCCCCAGCUCUCCUGGCCAGCAGUCUAACUUCCAGGUGCCGUUCAGUAUUGCUGCUGAUACAGAGCAUUCAGCCAACAGCGAGGGAAGUCAUGAGACUGGUGACUCUGGAAGAUUUUCACAUGAAUCCAAUGAUGAGAUUCACCUCUCCUCUGUGACAAGUGCCACUCCUUGUGCUACCAGUCCUUUUGUAAGCAGUGACUUGGGUAAGAAAGUGAUGAAUUCUACUGUAAGUAACAGCAAAGAGUCUCGCCUGCUGUUUGCUGCUGACCAGCCUGCUACCUCACCUCUUCAGAUACACUCUGCAGUGCAAAACUGACACCCUUAGGACCACAUCAGACAUUCUUGCAGUGUAUGUCUGUUCGAAGGACAAUGAACAGGGAGCCAAAGUUAUAUUGUGGAAAGCCUGACUAACUCAACAGGCGAUCCCAUAUUUCUGUUGAAUGGGUUUUUUUGUUUGUUUGUUUGUUUGUUUAACUCAUUCAUUUUGAAUGUUCGAUGGUCAACAAAUGUGAAAGGACAGAGAAGAUUUCUGACUAGAGUUGAAAUUAUGUCACUGGAGCAAAGGGAAGUCUUUUGGCUCUUUUGCUGACUAUCUACCUCAGUUUGCCGAGAGGUGAACUCUGAAAGACAACUGCUUUACCUCGUUUGUGUUCUAUUUGGUCUCAGCUAUGGAACUGAUGAUACUUCCUAGUAGUGUUUUAUUUUAGGUUUCUUUUUUUUUAUUUUUCCUGUUGAGUAUAGAAUGCGUGUGUGUGUGUGCGUGUGUGCUCAGUAACCAGGGAGUUGUAUAGGUAGAUGAACAAGAUUGUUUAGCUGAAGCUCUGCCUUUAAAAAGAAGGAUAUCUCAGAAUAGAAAAUGUAAUGUUUUAAUGUGGCUGAUCUAAACAAUGUUCAAAACUGCAGAAACUGGAGUUGGUGCUUCUGUUUGAACAGCCACGUGAAAUCUUUUGUACUUCUUGAUUUCUCAUAGCUCCAGGAAGCCUAGGACAGUGCCUUUCCCCAGAAACUUGUGCCAAUGACUGCUGGCAGGAUGUACCCUUAGGGCUCUAGGGCACAUUGAGUUCCCACGGUGACAAAUACUAUCAAUUUAUUGACAAUUAAUGCUAAAAAGCAUGGCAAAAUGAAGAAGUAUUUAGUAUUUCCAAGCAGUUUGACUCUGCCUAAGAGAUAUGGAAUAGAUGAUAAUGCUGAGUACUCUGGUAUUGCAGUACUUCUUAGCAAUGGUGCCUUGCAUUAUAUAUAAUGAAAUUACUGAUUUGCCUUAUGCCUUUUUAGUAUUUAUAAAGUUGCUUUGGAUUUUGGAAAGAUGCCUUAAAUGCUUCUUAGAUGUUAUAAGUAAACUGCAUCAUGAGCUCGUAGUUCAUUUUUCACUCAGCUUUGAAUGCUGAUAAGCACUGCUAGCAUCAUGGCAUGUCUCAGAGCUGUUUUUGGGAUACAACCCUGAUCCUUGCCUUUGCCUAGUAUGCUGUUAGCCAGGAAUUUUAGCUCAGGGAGUGACAUAAGCCUAUCUAAAACUCUACCAUGAGAAAUAAAAAGCCAGAGCUUUAGUUGAAGAGUCUGUUGAAGGACACAAGUAGUGCUACUGCCUUGAACCCAUACAAUUCCUGUUUGAUACUACCUCUUUUAAAAGUUAUUCUAGUGUGUUGUGGUGUUUGGUUUUUUGUUUGUUUGUUUUUCCUGUACUCAGGGAACAGUUUGUUACUUUGAGCUGCCUCAUGAAAAUGUGGAGCAAACUGACAGGGUAUUGUGUUUUAUUUCUUAAUGGGGGUGGGAGGAGGAGAGAGAAGAGAGAGAGAGGAGGUUGGACUCAUCCAAUGUUAUAAACUUGCCUAUAUAACUA